AAUGGAAUGUCUCUGCAAAAAGCUUCUAUACUAGUGGAUCUUACACCUUAUGCUCUAUCGGAACCAUUCCAUCGCUCUUGACACGAUUACGCAAAAGUACUCGCCUUGCUUGAGAACAUCUGCGGGUCCCCCGCACACCCCUAGACCCCGAAUACCAGAGGCAAGAGAUAAUCCGAUAUUGCAACUUGCGUUCCCUUAACAGUGUCUCCUUGCGAAACGAUGUUAGUGUCAUUAGGAAGAGAUACAAACCUCAGUCAAUGGCGUAGCUCUAUGUAGAUCGUGUGAAAAGUUGUUUGUCGAGCAAUGAGGAAACGUGGUCAAGGUUGAAGCGAUGCUGGAACCGGAGAAAUUGAUCCAUUUGGUCCGCAUCCAUCGUGAACAUUUCCCAGAGUGCUUGUUCACACCCUCUUCGUACCCUCUCGUUGGUCCUUUCGACGUCUAUGGCCGUCGCUGAUCUUCCAGGCGCAAGUACUUCGUCUCAGAUACAGGAAGCCAGCCAUAGUACAGAAGCCAGCGAAAGCGUACAGGACUCUCAAGGCAAUGUUCAGGAUGCUUCUGCUUCAGUAGAGCACCAGCCUACCCCCUCAGAGCCGGUCAAGGGUGCUCAAGACAGCAAAGAUGCUGACAAGUCCGAUGGUGGCGAGGGAGGGCAGGUCCCUCCCUCGCAUACUGACCAACCGUCCACAGGUUCCCCCUCAGCAACCAUAACAUCCGUCGUCACGGCACCUUCGGAAGUUGAGCAUGCGAGUGGGGCACAUGAAGAAAAGGAUCAAGAAUCGUCUUCGGCAACCUUGUCAUUGACGGUACCCAUUCUGCGCAAGCGCACACGGCGUCGUGACAGAUCCGUUUCCGAGGGAAAGUACGCAGGGUCGAACACAACCGAAGGGUCUCCGUCCGUGUCAGAGGCCGAGCCAAAAACAAAGAAAACCAAGGCCUCACUACUCACGAAGAUCACCCAAAUAUUCACGUCUUGUGUCAUACCUUCUCACCGUACACAUGCUAUUGAACUAGAUGAGGGCCCAUCGCACGGACGCGCAGAUCAGAAGGACGCAGAGAAGCAUUCUACCAAGGACGUCGAGAUGGCAGAACCACAGCCAACUCGGGAAACAUCGUCAUCGCCUGCAGAUGACACUUCCCCUACGACCACGACCAAACCUCUUGUCAUCGUUCCUCCGCCUGCAAUCUCGGACCAAGAGGUCGUUGUGCCACCUACGCCUACCAAACAACUGUUACCUCUAUCCGAAACGGACGGACUGACGUCUGGUGCUGUACAACCUCCAGGAUCAACAGGAGAGGAAACCAAGACGGAGUAUGUGGUUGUGUCUGAAACAGGUGAAGAGUCGGAUGGUUCGUAUUCCGACGAUGAGGUGUUCACCGUAGGUCUUCGGUCGGAGGAUUUGGAGGACGAUGAACAAAGGUUAAUCAAGCAAGGUGGCGCGGGCAUACCCACUGGUCCCGAUGGAAAACCAAAGCCUCUGCUUCCUCCAAUAUCACCCAAGUAUGAGGGUCGGAAGUGUCUUGUACUCGAUCUCGACGAGACGUUGGUGCACAGCAGUCUACGACCUGUGCCAUCUCCGGACUACAUCGUCCCAGUAGAGAUCGAGUACACGUGGCACAAUUUCUAUGUCCUCAAGCGUCCCGGCGUCGACAGUUUCCUAAGGAGGAUGGGAGAGUUAUAUGAGGUCGUGGUCUUUACGGCCAGCUUGAGCAAGUACGCCGAUCCUGUACUGGAUAGGCUGGAUCCCGACCGGACGGUUGCUCACCGACUGUUCCGAGAAAGUUGUUAUAACCAUCGGGGGAACUAUGUAAAGGAUCUCUCGCAACUCGGCCGUCCCGUUGCAGAUACGAUUAUCCUAGACAACUCUCCUGCGUCCUACAUCUUCCAUCCACACAACGCAGUGCCCGUAUCAUCAUGGUUCAGCGAUAUACAUGACACGGAGCUAGGUGACAUGUGUCCUUUCCUCGCCGAUCUUAGCGCGGCGAGUGAUGUUCGGGGCAUUCUCAACCCAACAGUGUAGCAUUAUAACUUCCGAGUUACGACCAUGUGCUCAGUCCCCGGGGCUUGAGUAGAUGGGCCUAACUGAAUACUCGCUGCCUAGCUUUCAAGCUGUACUUGUCGAAUGCUCUGCCUCCAAGCUUUGACAUUCCUUCUUGUUAGAGUGCAAAUGACUAGCCGAGACAUGCAUCGCAGGAUGCUUUCUCUCGCCGUCAUAUUUGCCUCUUGUCUCCGUGUAAGACGGAGGCACUUCGGUUCUUCUAUACCCGCGAAAAUAGGUUACCCCUUCCUUCACUGCCAUAGUAGAUGGAUACAUCGCCUACGCACUCCCACACUCCUUCAGGCUCAGCAGAGUCACCCAUCAAAGUUUCCCUCAUCUUGUGUAAGCAUAAAUACUCCACAAUUUGACAACCGUAUGCAUGUACUCAUUUACCAUUACAUACGCCAGACUGGAUCCUUGCAGUAUCGUGUUAUACCCCCUCAAAGCUAUAUUUGUGUCAGAGCUCUGUUCUCAUUUUACCCCCCUUGUGCACUUCCUUUGCUAUCUUUAUAUCACGAACCCUGUAUGAGCGCACGAUGAGACGUUUUUCACCUCC